GCAAGACAUACUGCUUCACUUUGCCUUUUUUAUUCAUAGGUAUUCUGUAAGGAAACCUCAGAGCACUUCUUUAUUGUGCCAGACUGCCUGACAUUUUGCGUUGUUCUCCCUUCUUAUCUAAACAAUGGUUUAUAUGUUGAAGUACGACUGAAGUUGAAUGAGAAUGCAGGACAAGGCCAAGUGGGAUUCACAAAAGAAAUCAGUGGGAGACGGCAGUGAUCAAGAUGAGAAGCAGCCUCAAGUGUUCAACUGGGAAACAGCAGUGUUUCCUGUGCCAAGUCCCUGUAUUAUCUUCCCCAGAUAAGAGGGAGACAGUGCAGAGACGAACCUUCACCAGGUGGAUGAAUGCGUUUCUGCAGAGACGUGAUCCUCCAGUUGAAGUGCGCGACCUGUUCACAGACAUUCAGGAUGGCAGAAUACUGAUGGCUUUGCUGGAGGAGCUGUCUGGGUGCAAACUACUUUACAGGUUUAGGCCGUCUUCUCACCGCAUUUUCAGACUGAACAACAUUUCCAAGGCCCUGGCAUUCCUGGAUGAUAGGCAUGUGAAGUUGCUUGGCAUUGAUGCCUCUGGCAUUGCCGAUGGCAUCCCUUCUGUUGUUCUUAACCUCGUCUGGAACAUCAUCCUGUUUUUCCAGGUAAAGGAGGUGACGGCAGGCCUCCAGAGGCAUUUGUCUUCUAGCCUCUCUUCCUUAUCAAUGAGCAGUUACCCGUCCUUCAGUGACCUCGCACCCCAGCCAAGUGACAUUGGCAGCUACUACUGCAAAACCCUGCCAAGCAAAGGCAGAAAGACUGCCAGGGAGCCAAAGUAUCAUGGGAAAGCAAUCAAAACUCUCCUGCAAUGGGUCCAAACAUGCACCUCAAAGUUUGGGGUGGAGGUGCGUGACUUUGGGAAGAGCUGGAGGAGUGGCCUGGCAUUCCUAGCUAUGAUUAAGUCCAUCAACCCAGCCUUUGUUGACCUGAGGGAGAGCUUGUCUAGAGAGCCAAGAGAAAACAUUCAGCUGGCCUUCAUGAUUGCCCAUCACAGUCUGGAUGUACCACCUCUGCUGGAGCCUGAAGACGUGUUAUGCACUUCACCAGAUGAGCAGUCCGUCAUCACCUAUGUGUCUAUGUUCCUGGGGCGUUGUUCAGGCAUACAUGAGUAUCAUACAACAGAUAUUGAAGUUCCAGACACCCCAAAUUUUGGAUCACUUGAGUCAGUCAGCUUUGGAGAGACCCUUGCUGACAAUCAAGAAGCACAAGCUUUGCUCAAAGGCUUGGAGAAGAGCAGCGAGCAGCAACUGUGGAAACGGUGGGGCAGAAUACCCCCAGGGAGCCCCUGGUCCACGUUGCUUCACACAAACGGAGCAGUUGCCCCUGGCCUCUCGUCCAGCACCGGUGACAUCUUUUUAUCCUGUCGUAGCCAAAGCAUCACUGAACAACCUGCAGGCAGCGCUGCCACCUCGCCAACCAACAAAAAGAAAAACAGGUGUCCAAGUGUUUUUCAGCCACCCAGAAUGCUGGACGCAGGUGUAGACGGCCAGGAGAUCCGACCAUGGAUGGAGAAAGUGUCUGCGGAUCAGGGUUACAGCAAGCCAAUAGUGGAGGAAAGUACAUUUUCAUUGAGCUCUGAGGAAGGAAUCUACAGCUUGUCGUCACUGGACUCAGAUGAGGAGGAGGCCUACAGCUACAUCCUGGAUCUGAAUAAAGAGGUUUUUCAACCAUAUGAUCUGCUGAAAAGGCAAGUAUCAAGGGUUGAAGAGGAAACAGUGGAAGAAAUGUUCCCGAAUGGACAGCAGACGGAAGAGCCACCACAUCUGGACAGAUGUGAGACGUUAAACAGCAGUGGAUAUAAACAUCAAGAAGGCUCACUUGCGCAAAAUGUUGAGUCAGAAGUCAGGACGUUUGAUUGGGACAACAAUGGAAGUAGUUUGAGAAAGAUGACAAACAAUAGCGCUGUGUUUGACAUGGAGACAGAGGAAGAAAGCAUAAGCAGAGAGGAAGGUGAAGAGAGAGGUGUAAGAGCACACUGUAAUUGUGAUGGUGAUAAUUGUGAGGAAGAGAAGAAGGAGAAGACAGAAAAUGCUAGGUUGGUGACGCAUGGAUAUGAUAAAACAGAGGCUCUGGUAGAUGAAGCUAAGAAAACAAAGCUUUUUGAAGUGGCUAGUUGGAAGAAAGAGGAUGAGGAAGUGAGUGGGAUGACAGUGGCAGACAAAACGGAAGAGGAAGAAAAUGUGACGACCGUUGAGGAAGGGCAAGGCAGAAAGUUAGGGGGAAAAAACGAGGAAACGGAUUGUGUAAAGGAGGAAGGGAGGAGAAACCAGCCAUAUGUUGUGAAUUCAAGUUUCAAGGUAGGAGUGAAUGAUAAAAUAUUAAUUGCCAAGGCUGUAUGUGAAGUCAGAGGAGCCGGUGCAACUAGAAUUAGCACAGAAGUAGACAAUGACAGCAAAGACAAUGACCCCAGAAUGGAAGUUCUGACUUGGGAAGAUGAAGACAAGAAAGAAUACAGUGAUGAAGUCAUGAAUUCAAUGGAUUUUGAGGCAGUUAUAACAGCAGAGGAGAAAGACAGGGAAGUAAAGAUUAAGAGACGUAAACUGACUGACAAGAAGGCAACAACAAAAGAAAAUCCUGGUAAAACCACCCCCCAAAAUGGCGCUAACGGAGAUGUUAACAUCCAUGGUGGUGGCAAUAGCUGGACUGCUGCCUCCAGUGCAACUUCUCAGUCAUUCAGAGAGGGAGGAUUCAUUCUGCAAUCUUUAGCAGCCUCUCGUGACAUAACCCCAUUAGAGUUGGAAUUGCUCUUGGUCCUGUGGAUCCUGCUCUACUGCUGCCUCAUCCUACCUCAAAUUUACCUCUGAGUCCCCCUGCAGUACACUCUUCUUAUUAAGAUAUGCUUAUUAGCCCAGUUUUCCACUAAUGAGCCAAACAGGGACACUAAGGGCUGGGUUUACUCUUUAUCUGUGUCACUAAAUUUCCCUUAAGGCAACAUUUAAUGAUUGUUUGCUUCUUGGUGCCAGCAGAAAUAAUUUGUCAUUUGAGCUAUAGUUUCAGAUAAACACAUAACGCUGUUAUCCCCAUUAUUAUGCAUUUUUUCAGCCACUUGGUUACAAUAUGGAAAUUAUUAGUCAUGGUUUGUGAGGUAUUUUUUGCUGAAUGCAUGUCCAAAAUGCUCUGUUUUUUAAUUUAUUCUUCUGGCAGAAAUGCUCCUUUCAAUUUCAGUUAAUGUUAUCAACCACAUGGUGGCAUCGCAGCUUCACAGCAGUGACUGUCACACACAACAGGAUGUCUUACAGCAUUCUGUUGACUGCUGAGAAUCCCAUAUGACCUACUGUUUAAUUAGAAGCUGUAUUGACAUGGUGAGAUUAAGCUGAUAAUUUUUAAUGAGCACUUUGACAUUUCGCAGGCUCUCACUGUGUCACUUGUGGCUUAGAAUGUAUACUGUUUCAUUGUUUUAAUCUCUGAUACUGUAUGAUAAUUAAGGCUUAUCAACAGCGCAGGCGUUCUUCAUGAUAUCUUUGUGACUAUAAAUAAUAAAACAAAUACUUGUUCGGUGUCA